AUGCUGAACGACGAAUCGCCAGAGAUUGUGGCAAUGCUCGGCAAGCAGCUCGGGUUGCUGGCGUGCAUGUGCGGCAACACGCUCAGCAGGCCCCCGCAUCGCAAACCCAUCGUGCCCGAGGAUUUUGAACAGGAGGGCAAUCUGGCGUGCCACCACACCGAGCUGGAUUCUGUGCCCGCCGGCGCCUUCCAGGACCUGCUGGAGCAGAUCAACCUCCGCUGCUGCGUCUGCGACCAGUCGCUGGCACCGGCCGGCCAAGCCGAGGAGGGUCCAUCAGCCAGCAAGAAGCGGAGGCUGGCGAUCGACGACGACAAAGAGGGAAGCGGAGACGAGGCCAAGACUGCUGAACGGUCCUCCAUCGCGCCAUGGGCACCAUUCCUCGCGUUCCUCCAGAGCCAGUCCGCCGACGAGGGCCAGCGCGUCGAGUUUGCCCGCAGCCUGCGCCGCAUCGUGGCGCAUAUGCCAGCGGAUGAACUUGUGGAGAACGGACCGGCGAGCCUCAAGGGCUGCUUGCGCCUGGUGUUCGACCCCGCCUACCACAUCCGGCUGGCGAUCGGCGAGGCCCUGCCCCAUUUCGUCGGCGAGCGCGGCCUCUCGUCGGUGCUCGAUGCCAACGCAAACGCUCCCGCCACGCUCGAGAAACUGAUCGCCGACCUCAAGGCAGCUGUCGACGACGAGAGCGACACGAACAGCCUUCAGGAGACAUCGCUGAUCGCGCUGGGGUCUCUCUGCACCGUGCUGCAGGGGCGGUUUCUGGUGGAGGUGAUCCUCUCGCUACUGGGCAAGCUGGCUCACCCCAACCUCGGCCUGCGCGCUCUGGUCCACGAACAGAUCGGCAAGGUCAGUGCGAGCAAGCAGGUGCCCUUCGCCAAGCUGAUUGAGAUGCAUAAGCACGAGAUCUACCCGAUCAUCAUCGAGAGCCUGCUCACGGCGCCCGAGCUCGUCGAGGAGAUGAGCGGCGCUAUCUUCGACAUGGACACGCAACACCUACUGCACCACGCGCUGCCCUUCACCCUGCCGCGGAUCGUCAUGCAGCAGUCGGUGGCUUUGUUCAAGGAGCUGGCGCGACGGCUGCGCGUGUCGGUGCCGCAGCUCCUGGUGCCGAAUUUCCACCACAUCUUCUGCUACCUGCUGGUCGAGGGCACCCACAAGCAGCUGGACGAGAGCUUCCGCUUCUUCGCCCAGCUCAUGCCCCAGUGGUCCAAUCCGGGGAUCCUGCUCAAGUCGUGCGUCAACAAGCUGCUGGACCAGCUCACACUGCUGCUGGCCGACCCCGACAAGCGACCGAAAGUCGAGGCCGCCUUCGUCACGGUGUCGCGCCUGCUUCCGCCGCAGGAAGGGGCCGACGACCGAGUCGAGAUCGUGGGCGAUUCGGCUACGACCAUCUCCAACUUACUGCGGCCGUUCUUCCUCGGCAUCAUGGACUACCUGUCCGUGCUACUGCACAAGGGCCGAAGCCAGAGCGCGCAGCCCGACAACGACGAAAUGGACCGCGUGCUGCGCAGCCUCUCGGUGCUGAUCAGGCUCAUCGGGCCGCAUCUCAACAACUUUCGGCCCAAGGUCAUGGCGACACUGCGUCUCGUGCUCAAGUUCCCACAUCUCGUCGCUCCGGCGUGCGACGUCUUUCUCGACUUCAUCACUCGCUUGGACGUCGGCCAGCUGGGACCCAUCCUGUCGCAGAUCGUGGUCGACCUGCUGCCCUACGUGGCCUCAGCCACGCCGCAGGUCAUCCGCAUCUUCGAGUACCUGAUCAUCGACAACAAGGCCGCGCUGCAGCCGCACUUCCACAAGAUCCUCUUCCUGCCCGACCUGCCGCCGCUAGCGCGCGUGCGCCGAGAGCUCGAAGAUCAGCAGUCCAAAGACUUCAAGGACCAACUCGAGCAGCUGCUGGCCGAAGGCAUCAACCAUGAGAGUCUCGACGUUCAACUUCUCGCUGUCGACAAACUGCAGAAGGUUCUUGCCGAGUGCAGGUACGCCAGCCCAACCCCCGACCACCACGGAUACAGAGCCAUUUACGUUUUUGGUGCCUUAGGGAGGAGGUGUCUGCUGCGAUUAUGGCCGAGACUGUGA